AUGUUUGCAAAGCUAAAGAAGAAAAUAGCAGAAGAGACUGCUGUGGCCCAGAGGCCAGGAGGUGCUACUCGGAUCCCACGGUCAGUGAGCAAGGAAUCGGUUGCCUCUAUGGGAGCCGACUCAGGAGAUGACUUUGCUUCCGAUGGAAGCAGCUCCAGAGAAGAUCUUUCAUCUCAGCUUUUGAGAAGAAAUGAACAGAUACGGAAAUUGGAAGCCAGACUUUCUGACUAUGCUGAACAGGUCCGAAACUUGCAGAAGAUAAAAGAGAAGCUUGAAAUUGCGUUAGAAAAACACCAGGAUUCUUCCAUGCGGAAAUUUCAAGAGCAGAAUGAGACAUUCCAAGCCAACAGAGCCAAAAUGGCAGAAGGACUGGCUUUGGCAUUAGCCAGAAAGGACCAGGAAUGGUCAGAAAAAAUGGAUCAGCUUGAAAAGGAGAAAAGGUUUCUGACAGCUCAAUUACAGGAAAUGAAGAACCAGAGUUUGAAUCUUUUCCAAAGGAGGGAUGAAAUGGAUGAAUUAGAGGGGUUCCAGCAGCAGGAACUAAGUAAAGUAAAGCACAUGCUUUUAAAAAAAGAGGAAAGUCUGGGGAAAAUGGAGAAAGAGUUGGAGGCGCGAACCAGAGAACUUACUCACAUCCAGGAAGAGUUGAUGACCUCCAAUCAGAUGUCUUCAGACUUAAGCCAGAAGCUAGAAGAAUUGCAGAGACGCUACUCAGCGCUGGAAGAACAGAGGGAUCAUGUGACAGCUUCAAAAACAGGUGCAGAAAAUAAGAUCGCAGCCCUGGAGCAAAAGGAACAAGAGCUCCAAGUAUCCAUUCAGCAGCUUUCCAUGGAUUUGCAGAAGGCCACCGCUGAUACUCAAGAAAAAGAAAAACUCAUCACACACUUGCAGGAGAAAGUCUCAUCCUUGGAGAAGAGACUAGAGCAGAACCUGUCAGGAGAAGAACACGUGCACGAGCUCCUGAAAGAGAAAACAGUUGCUGAGCAGAAUUUGGAGGAUACCAGACAGCAGCUCUUGGCAGCCAGAAGCAGCCAGGCCAAGGCCAUGGACAUCCUGGAGACUCGGGUGCAAGAGCUCGAGCACAGCUUGCAGGCUUCUGAGGAGAAGCUGAAGCACAGUGGUGACGUUGUGGCGGCUCAGGAAGCUCAGAUUCGGGAGCUAGCCGCCGCAAACAAGGAGAGCAGCCAGGCACAGCAGCAGGUCCUCGCCCUGGAACGGCAGUGCAUGGAGCGCGUCCACACACUGGAGACCCAGCUCGCUGCCCUGGAGAGCUCCCGGGUGGCUGACCAGACCGCCGCAGAGCGGGAAGUGAGAGAACUGGAGCAAGAAAACGCAGCCCUUAAAGAAAGUAAGAAUGAAUGUGAACGUUCGUUGCAACACCACCAACUUGAACUAAAGAAGCUCAAGGAAGAGUGGAGCCAAAGAGAAAUUGUGAGUGUCGCAAUGGCUCAAGCCCUGGAGGAGGUGCGGAAGCAGAGGGAAGAGUUCCAGCAACAGGCGGCCUCGAGGGCCACGCAGGACCCCGCGUACCAGCUUCCGGCUGCAGAGGGAAUCCCAAAUGGUGAGGUGGGGGCUGUGGACCUAGGGCAGCUGCAGAAGGAAAAACAGGACUUGGAGCAGCAACUCGUGGAGAAAAACAAGACCAUAAAGCAGAUGCAGCAGAGGAUGCUGGAACUCAAAAAGACUCUCCAGAAGGAACUGAAAAUCAGACCCGACAGUGAGCUCUUUGAGGUCCGAGAGAAGCCUGGCCCCGAGAUGCCCAACAUGGCUCCUUCCGUCACGAAUAAUGCUGACCUGACUGAUGCCCGCGAGAUCAACUUUGAGUACCUUAAACACGUGGUUUUAAAAUUCAUGUCCUGUCGAGAGUCUGAGGCUUUUCACCUUAUAAAAGCUGUGUCAGUGUUGCUGAACUUCUCACAAGAGGAAGAGAACAUGCUCAAAGAAACCCUGGAGUAUAAGAUGUCGUGGUUUGGGUCCAAGCCAGCUCCCAAGGGCAGCAUCCGGCCGUCCAUCUCCAACCCUCGGAUCCCGUGGUCCUAG